AUGGAAAACGAAACCUGGGAAGAAAUUUUCGAAUGGGAAGUCGAAGAAGAUCUCGACUUGGCAAAUCGCCUCACAACCAAAUCAAUUAGUAUUAACACCGACAAUAAUAAUAACAGUGACAUCUUAAAUCCUGACUUUUCAUUCUCUUCCUCGUCAUCAGAAGAAAGCGAAGAUGAAAAUUAUGAAUUUAUCGAAACUUAUAAGCGACCAACUUUUGCAAAUAUAUUAAAAGGAUUUCCAGUGAUGCCAAACACCAAAAACUUAUUACCACCACAAUUUACAACUUCAUUCCCACGCAAAUCUUUGAACAACGACACUAAUAAUAAUCAAUUCACCACAACAACAGCAAGAACUGCUAACUACCCAAAAACUGAACUCUCCUCAUCAACUGAGUCAAUCUACGAUAACGAGAAGGAAAAAUAUCGAAUACAACGUCGUCGUCGAGAACAAAAAGAAAUUACAAAUAUGCAUGAUCAACGGAUUUACGGCCAACUUUUGACUGCUGAGGAAAUCGAAAUGGCAUUGUUCCUUGGAGAACAAGAAUACGCUAAUUUGGAAGCUUGUCGCAAGGCAAUAAAGUUUAAGAAAAAACUAAAAGACAAGUAA